GAUGAACUAAAAUGAUGCAAAUUUGGGAUUGCUAUCCAACAAAUCUAAUGCUAGAUAUAAAGAACCGAAAUAAAAUAAUGAUGAUUUUGAAAUUUAAGAUUAAGGAGAUGAUUAGGAAUAUGUCUCAUUAGAUGAUGCUAGUAAACUUUAUUUAUUACCUCUUAGAAGUACAACAUGCUGAAGUUAUUUAACCAAAAUAAAUUGAAUAACCAAUUGUUCCUCCUUAAAAUAAUAUAUAAAGUUAGUCAGAGUUUUAAAAAAAUUAGAAUUAAUAAUAGGCUUAUCAACAGUAAUAGUUUCCAAAACAAUCAUAAAUUCAGUAUCAACAAACCCAAAUUAACUAAUAACAAGUAUUUAAAUUUAGAUAAUUUAGAAUUAGUAUAGUUAAUAUCAAUAUAAUCCAUAUCAAAAUCAAUAAUAUUCUUAGCCUUUAAACUAAAUAUAUAAUCCUGUUUCUAAUGUAUUCUAAUAAACAGCAAUACUCAUUGACAAGAGUAUUAAUCAAAGAACGUAAUUAUUAUGUCAACAAAAAGACAAGCUUAUUCAACUUGCAUUCAUUGUAAAACUCCAUAGAUGAUAUAAGAUGAAAAACAACCAUUUAUGUGCUAUAGAUGCUAAUAAAUUAAUAAACCUAAUUUUGGUUAUUUUCAAUGUGGAUCCUGCAAAAUUACAGUCAUGUACCAAUGCGGAUGUAAUAUCUAAAAAUUUAAUUAGUAUCCAAUUUAAUCAAAUGCACAAAAUGCUAAACAAUGAAUUAUGUCUAACAACCUAAUCUUCCAAAUACGUUAUAACAAUAUCAAUAAUCAUAAUAAUAACAGAAUUUACCAUAAUAACAGCAACAAUAACAAAUUAAUAGUUCAAAUUCAUAAUUAUUUUAAUCCUAAAAUUAAUACACAAAUCAACCAAAAUUAUAUGAGUAUUCACAAUACUAAUAGUCAAAUAAAGAAUAAAAAUCUAUUGGUAGAAACUAAGUUGAUCCAAUGUACCAAGAAAAAUGA